UUUUGUUUGCCCUUGUAAGGGGUCCCCAGACCCAAAUGACUUGAGAACCCCUGGUUUAGAGCUUUGUUUACAUUGAUGCACACCAUUCAGAGCUGCAUAUCAAUUAAAAACUACUAGAUAAAAACUUUCCAAACUGCACCAUUGAACAUUAUGUAGGAUAACUUUAUAUAUGUUAGAGAGAGAUAUAAGUUUAUAAGUUUGACUUCAUCCUUUGCAAUUAGUCCAUUUUAAUGAUGUGAAAMAGUUUUCAGUUUCCUCACUCAGGCUUUCUGCUGAAUCAGAUGAGGAUAAAAUAAAGCUGAAAGUGCUUCUAACCUCAUUCUGAUUAUACUGACAUCAGUUCUGUGAAAGUGGGUUAGCAUACCGGGCGCUCGUUUCCUUCCUCCAAAUCACUCGCGUUAUUGUGAGGAAACAGCUCGGCUUGGAGACUUUUGACCCGCCUUCAUGAGAUGAACAGAAACAGAAGAAGGCUGCUGGCUGCUGCAUCCUGUCCUCUUCAGGUUGCUUUAAAGGAGCGAUGAAGAACAAACUCCUGCUUUUUCUGCUUCUGCUGASCGUCCAAACCACCAAGGUCUGCUCGGUCCCGUAUUCGCCAGUCGCAAAUAACAAAUGCCUCAACAUGACAACGGAGUAUCUGAAUGAAAACAACAACUUGUGCUGUAAAAGGUGCCCMCCUGGUCAUCAACAGGAAAACGAGUGCAGUGAGACUAAAGAGACUACGUGUAAGCCAUGCGGAUUAGGGAGGCACAUAGAGACCUGGAACUUUUCGCCAAACUGCUUUUCUUGCACCAGAUGCAGAUCAACAAAAGGUCUUCAGGUUGCCCAGACGUGCAGCUCUACCACAAACUCCAAGUGUGUUUGCCAGCCUGGAAAGUACUGUGUUCUGGGGUUUAACGACCCAUACUGCUCAGACUGUACGGACUACACAAAAUGUAAACCUGGUUUUGGAGUUAUAAAGCCAGGCACGCUAAACUCUGAUGUGAAGUGUGAACCCUGCCCACUUGGAACAUUCUCUAAUAAAUCCUCCUACACUGAACCAUGUCGGCCUGUCUCAGAGACUACCACAAUUAUAACAACAUCCACGGCUACAGAAAAAACACCUUUGAUAGUUCCAAACACAACUACCUCCUCUCCAACUGAAGGGGUUAAAACGUCAUCAGUGGGAUCAAGCGCAUCACAUGGAAACCAUAACCGUGACUAUGUUGUGGUCAUUCCUUGUGUCGUUGGAUUGCUCGGGUUUCUGAGCCUCGUCAUGAUCCUGUUUUGUCUUUACAAAAAAUUCCGUAGAAAAGAUUCUGCGAGCUUGCAUCCUAAAGUGGAUGCAAAUGGAAACUGUGAGACUAAAGAUGAAGUUGUUCAGAACUACUUGGAGGAGAUGACUUCAUUCACAAUUACCUCACCAGAACAAGAGAGUCUGCUAGAGAAGGGAAUAGAAAGCAACGACCAUAGUCAGAGCAGUAUCACUUUUGAAACUUUACCCAAAGCAGACUAUUACMCUGGUCAUGAGUUCAUCAGCCCUUUGCAACCAACUUCAGUGUUCAACAGUUCAACCUCUGCCCUGUCGGAGCCCAUGACUCUACUGUCCAACACAGAACCCGUCAGUCCCCAGGCCAGUAUCCCUACACAGUGCUCCUCUCAGCCCACCAGCCCGCAGAUCAUCAGCCCUGUGACUAACAGUCCCCACGUCAACGUCAACAUCACUUUGCACAUAGGGAACGGGUCUUGUGGGAGCCCCUCGUUUAAAUCCACAGACUUGAGCCAAGCAGAAUGUAAGCUUCCUUUUGGAAAGGAAGAGGAGUCCRUCAGCACCCCACAACAAGAGGCGGGCGACCUGUCGAAGACGUCAAUUCUGGAGAGUGUCUAUUCAAACUCAUGAUCACUCAAAUCACUUUUUAUUAUUAUUAUUAUGCAAACAGUUUUUACCAAAAACAUGUAUGAGCUGUUUUCACAUCUUAAAGCUUUGUUUUGGAUCCAUAUCAAAGUCAUAGGCUGUGACUUUAAUUUGUUUUAUUUGUGUAUAUAGUAUCUUGUACAUAAAUAUGUGAAUUCUAUUUUUUUACUGAGGUAGUUAUUGCUCUUUUAAGAUUUUUUUUUACAUUUAUGUACCAUAUGAAUUGUACAGCAGUCACAAAAUAAAAGAAAAAAAUAGUGGUG